AUGGAAGAAGUUGAAUAUUGCUUCAAAAAUGUGAACAACUCCUGUAUAAAGGUUUCCAGAUCAUUGGGGGUUAGAGCUGCAAUGUAUGUAAUCCUUGUGUCAAUUACAAUCAUCACUAUUUGUGGAAAUCUGAUUGUAGUAAUAUCCAUAACUCAUUUUAAACAGCUGCAUUCACCAAAUAAUUUCCUCGUCUGCUCCCUGGCAACAGUUGACUUUUCACUGGGAAUAUGUGUGUUGCCUUUUGCUAUUAUGAGAACAGUUGAAACAUGCUGGUAUCUUGGGCCAGUUUUCUGUCAGUUCUUACUAUGUAUUGAUAAUUUGCUUUCAUGUGCUUCGAUUUUCCACUUAUGCUUCAUUGCUAUUGAUCGGUAUUAUGCAGUGUGCAGUCCUCUAACCUAUACAACAAAGGUCACAUUUAGAGUGGUUUACAUAUUUAUAGGUAUUGCAUGGAUACUUCCAGUUAUAUUUAGCUUUGGUUUAAUUUACACAAAAGCCAAUGUUCAAGGUAUUGAAGAAUUGGUUGUGAUUUUGUCUUGUGAAGGUGGUUGUAUAUUAAUGUUCAAUAAAGUAUGGGCUGUACUGGUAUCAACAGUAUUUUAUGUUCCAUGUGUGAUUAUGAUAUUCAUUUACACAAAAAUCUUCUCUGUUGCAAGAAGACAAGCCAGAAUGAUAAAAAAUAUGGAAGACAAAAUUUCUAUAGAAGAAAAAAAGAGGAGAGAGAAUCAAAAACGAGAACAAAAGGCCGCUAAAACACUUGGAGUAAUUGUUGGGGUUUUUUUACUUUGUUGGCUCCCUUAUUUUAUUGAUGCUCCUAUUGAUGUAUUUAUCAAUUUUGCAACUCCGACCGUUGUAUUUGAUAGUUUUGCCUGGUUUGGAUAUGUCAAUUCUGCCUUUAACCCAUUGAUAUAUGCCUUUUUUUAUCCUUGGUUUCGAAAAGCCCUUAAACUUCUGGUAACAUGCAAAAUACUGAGAGGACAUUCUACUACUGUACACACAUUAAAAAAUAAGCUCUAUGAAGGACCUGAUCUCUAA